AUGGCACCAACCUACGACAAUCAGAUGCCUUUGCCUGAGCUAUUUUUAGAAAUACUACUGUACCUGUCAUUUAGAAUCCUCACUUUGUACAGAACGGGUUUGUCUGCGAAAGUCAGGUCAAUAGAAUAUAAAGAGCCUCGCCCACCUCCAGAGGCUUCAAAAUCUCUCACAGCGCAGCUGAGACUCAGUUUAGGACCUGAGCUAACACCUACCACUGCCAACUAUGGGGCUCAGGAUCCACUUAUUGCUUAUUGUAGCCGGUUGCCUACUGCGAUUAUUGAACUUUCAAGUUUGCUGCUUAGAUUGUUUUUCAUCUUUGGUUUGGUGUCUAAAUUGGUUUUGGAAUUGUUGGCAUUUAGAGAUGUUUCAGUGCAAGGUGACACCACAAUGUCAAGUGACACCAUGACUAUAAGUCAGACUACAGAAAAUGGUACAAUUAAUACAGGACAGACAAGCACUUCAUUAAGCAGCAAUUUAGAGUCAUCAUCACCCAGUACAGAUGUCACUUCACCAAGCACAGAAACUAAUUCUACACUGGGAUCAACCACAGACACUGGGACUAACACCCAAACCACUUCCCCAGAAGAGUCCACUACUGGUGCAAGUGUAUCUACGGAAAGUACGUCAUCCAGUACUGACAGCACUACCAACCAGCCUAGUACAACAGAAACUAUUAGUACACAACCAACGAAUUCACAGUCUAGCACAGACAUUGCUAGUUUGUCGCAAUCUUCUACCCUUUCCUCUGCGACAGUCCAAGAAACACUUACAACGAGUGCUGAUAUUUUAACAUCUUCAAAUGCAGAUACUUCAGCUACCACUGGCAGUUUAUCAACAGCCUUCUCUACAGAGUCAUCUACCGUAUCUUCAUCAACAGAGAGUAUCUCUACUUUUCCAACUCAAAGCUCUUCGGUAACCCCAGCUUCUGCAGAAUCCACAUUAUUGUCAUCAUCUGUAAGCCUUACUGACGCAUCCAUCACAACAGCAGAAAGUACCACUCUACUGGAGACACCAACUGCUGUUUCUACAGGAUCUGUCCCAGAAUCAUUCACCACAAGUGCGGCUACGACAUUGUCACUUGCCGAUACUUCAAUAACAGCAGAUAGUCUGUCAACAUCACAGUCAACCAUUUCAGAAACUCUAUCUACAGGAAUAACAGACACAACCACAAGUGCUUUCCUAAGCUCUUCAAUGGCCUCAGCUAUAGCCGAAUCUACAUCUCUGUUGUCAUCUGUAAAUCCUACGGACACAUCCACUGUACCAGUUGAGAGCUCGACUCCAGGUGCGACAACAUUGUCUUCAGUUUCCACUGGAACCGUUCCAGAGUCCCUAACAACAAGUGCUGAUACUGUAACAUCUUCAAAUGCAGAUAAUUCAGCUACCACUGGUAGUUUGUCAACAGCCUUCUCUACAGAGUCAUCUACUCUAUCUUCAUCAACAGACGCUAUCUCCACUUCUCAACCUCAAAGUUCUUCAGGAACCUCAGCUUCUGUAGAAUCCACAUCAUUUUCAUCAUCUGUAAGCCUUACUGAUACAUCCAUCACAACAGCAGAAAGUACAACUCCACUGGUGACAACAUCAUCUGUUGUUUCUUCAGGAUCUGUCUCAGAAUCAUUGACCACAAGUGCGGCUACAACAUUCUCACUUGCCGAUACUUCAAUAACAACAGGUAGCUUGUCAACAUCACAGUCAACCUUUUCAGAAACUCUAUCUACAGGAAAAACAGACACAACCACAAGUGCUUUCCUAAGCUCUUCAAUGACCUCAACUAUAGCCGAAUCUACAUCUCUGUUGUCAUCUAUAAAUCCUACAGACACAUCCAGUGUACCAGUGGAGAGCUCAACUUCAGGUGUGACCACAUUGUCUUCAGUUUCCACUGGGACAGUUCCAGAAUCUCUAACAACAAGUGCUGAUACUUUAACAUCUUCAAAUGCAGAUACUUCAGCUACCACUGGUAGUUUGUCAACAGCCUUCUCUACAGAGUCAUCUACUGUAUCUUCAUCAACAGAGGCUAUCUCAACUUCUCAACCUCAAAGUUCUUCAGGAACCUUAGCUGCAGUAGAAUCCACAUCAUUUUCAUCAUCUGUCAGCCUUACUGAUACAUCCAUCACAACAGCAGAAAGUACAACUCCACUGGUGACAUCAUCUGUUGUUUCUUCAGGAUUUGUCUCAGAAUCAUUGACUACAAAUGCAGCGACAACCCUUUCUACGACAGUCCAAGAAACACUUACGAGUGCUGAUAUUUUAACAUCUUCAAAUGCAGACACUUCUGCUACUACUGGUAGUUCUUCAGGAACCUCAGCUGCUGUAGAAUCCACAUCAUUUUCAUCAUCUGUAAGCCUUACUGAUACAUCCAUCACAACAGCAGAAAGUACAUCUCCACUGGUGACAACAUCUGUUGUUUCUUCAGGAUCUGUCUCAGAAUCAUUGACAACAAGUGCAGUUACAACAUUCUCACUUGCCGAUACCUCAAUAACAACAGGUAGUUUGUCAACAUCACAGUCAACCUUUUCAGAAACUCUAUCUACAGGAACAACAGACACAACCACAAGUACUUUCCUAAGCUCUUCAAUGACCUCAACUAUAGCCGAAUCUACAUCUCUGUUGUCAUCUAUAAAUCCUACAGACACAUCCAGUGUACCAGUGGAGAGCUCAACUUCAGGUGUGACGACAUUGUCUUCAGUUUCCACUGGGACAGUUCCAGAAUCCCUAACAACAAGUGCUGAUACUUUAACAUCUACAAAUGCAGAUACUUCAGCUACCACUGGUAGUUUGUCAACAGCCUUCUCUACAGAGUCAUCUACUGUAUCUCCAUCAACAGAGGCUAUCUCCACUUCUCAAACUCAAAGUUCCUCAGGAACCUCAGCUGCUGUAGAAUCCACAUCAUUUUCAUCAUCUGUCAGCCUUACUGAUACAUCCAUCACCACAGGAGACAGUACAACUCCACUGGUGACAUCAUCUGUUGUUUCUUCAGGAUUUGUCUCAGAAUCAUUGACUACAAAUGCAGCUACAACCCUUUCACUUGCCGAUACUUCAAUAACAACAGGUAGUUUGUCAACAUCACAGUCAACCUUUUCAGAAACUCUAUCUACAGGAACAACCGACACAACCACAAGUGCUUUCCUAAGCUCUUCAAUUACCUCAACUAUAGCCGAAUCUACAUCUCUGUUGUCAUCUGUAAAUCCUACUGACACAUCCACUGUAUCAGUUGAGAGCUCGACUCCAGGUGAGACAACAUUUUCUUCAAUUUCCACUGGAACAAUUCCAGAGUCCCUAACAACAAGUGCUGAUACUUUAACAUCUUCAAAUGCAGAUACUUCAGCUACCACUGGUAGUUUGUCAACAGCCUUCUCUACAGAGUCAUCUACUUUGUCUCCAUCAACAGACGCUAUCUCCACUUCUCAACCUCAAAGUUCUUCAGGAACCUCAGCUGUAGAAUCCACAUCAUUUUCAUUAUCUGCAACCCUUACUGAUACAUCCAUCACUGCAGCAGAAAGUACCACUCCACUGGUUACAACAUCAUCUGUUGUUUCUUCAGGAUUUGUCUCAGAAUCAUUGACCACAAGUGCAGCUACAACAUUCUCACUUGCCGAUACUUCAAUAACAACAGGUAGUUUGUCAUCACAGUCAACCUUUUCAGAAACUCUAUCUACAGGAACAACAGACACAACUACAAGUGCUUUCCUAAGCUCUUUAAUGACCUCAACUAUAGUCGAAUCUACAUCAUUGUUGUCAUCUGUAAAUCCUACAGACACAUCCACUGUACCAGUGGAGAGCUCGACCCCAGGUGUGACAACAUUGUCUUCAGUUUCCACUGGGACAGUUCCAGAAUCCCUAACAAGUGCUGAUACUUUAACAUCUUCAAAUGCAGAUACUUCAGCUACCACUGGUAGUUUGUCAACAGCCUUCUCUACAGAGUCAUCUACUAUAUCUUCAUCAACAGACGCUAUCUCCACUUCUCAACCUCAAAGUUCUUCAGAAACCUCAGCUGCUGUAGAAUCCACAUCAUUUUCAUCAUCUGCAACCCUUACUGAUACAUCCAUCACAACAGCAGAAAGCACUACUCCACUGGUGACAACAUCAUCUGUUCUUUCUUCAGGAUCUGUCUCAGAAUCAUUGACCACAAAUGCAGCUACAACGCUUUCACUUGCCGAUACUUCAAUAACAACAGAUAAUUUGUCAACAUCACAGUCAACCUUUUCAGAAACUCUAUCUACAGGAACAACAGACACAACCACAAGUGCUUUCCUAAGCUCUUCAAUUACCUCAACUAUAGCUGAAUCUACAUCUCUGUUGUCAUCUGUAAAUCCUACUGACACAUCCACUGUACCAGUUGAGAGCUCGACUCCAGGUGAGACAACAUUGUCUUCGGUUUCCACUGGAACAGUUCCAGAGUCCCUAACAACAAGUGCUGAUACUUUAACAUCUUCAAAUGCAGAUACUUCAGCUACCACUGGUAGUUUGUCAACAGCCUUCUCUACAGAGUCACCUACUUUAUCUUCAUCAACAGAUGCUAUCUCCACUUCUCAACCUCAAAGUUCUUCAGGAACCUCAGCUGCUGUAGAAUCCACAUCAUUUUCAUCAUCUGCAACCCUUACUGAUACAUCCAUCACAGCAGCAGAAAGUACCACUCCACUGGUUACAACAUCAUCUGUUGUUUCUUCAGGAUUUGUCUCAGAAUCAUUGACCACAAGUGCAGCUACAACAUUCUCACUUGCCGAUACUUCAAUAACAACAGAUAGUUUGUCAACAUCACAGUCAACCUUUUCAGAAACUCUAUCUACAGGAACAACAGACACAACCACAAGUGCUUUCCUAAGCUCUUUAAUGACCUCAACUAUAGCCGAAUCUACAUCUCUGUUGUCAUCUGUAAAUCCUACAGACACAUCCACUGUAUCAGUUGAGAGCUCGACUCCAGGUGCGACAACAUUGUCUUCAGUUUCCACUGGAACAGUUCCAGAGUCCCUAACAACAAGUGCUGAUACUUUAACAUCUUCAAAUGCAGAUACUUCAGCUACCACUGGUAGUUUGUCAACAGCCUUCUCUACAGAGUCAUCUACUGUAUCUUCAUCAACAGAGGCUAUUUCCAGUUCUCAACCUCAAAGUUCUUCAGGAACCUCAGCUUCUGUAGAAUCCACAUCAUUUUCAUCAUCUGUCAGCCUUACUGAUACAUCCAUCACAACAGCAGAAAGUACCACUCCACUGGUGACAACAUCUGUUGUUUCUUCAGGAUCUGUCUCAGAAUCAUUGACCACAAGUGCAGUUACAACAUUCUCACUUGCCGAUACCUCAAUAACAACAGGUAGUUUGUCAACAUCACAGUCAACCUUUUCAGAAACUCUAUCUACAGGAACAACAAACACAACCACAAGUACUUUCCUAAGCUCUUCAAUGACCUCAACUAUAGCCGAAUCUACAUCUCUGUUGUCAUCUAUAAAUCCUACAGACACAUCCAGUGUACAAGUGGAGAGCUCAACUUCAGGUGUGAUGACAUUGUCUUCAGUUUCCACUGGGACAGUUCCAGAAUCCCUAACAACAAGUGCUGAUACUUUAACAUCUACAAAUGCAGAUACUUCAGCUACCACUGGUAGUUUGUCAACAGCCUUCUCUACAGAGUCAUCUACUGUAUCUCCAUCAACAGAGGCUAUCUCCACUUCUCAAACUCAAAGUUCCUCAGGAACCUCAGCUGCUGUAGAAUCCACAUCAUUUUCAUCAUCUGUCAGCCUUACUGAUACAUCCAUCACCAUAGGAGACAGUACAACUCCACGGGUGACAUCAUCUGUUGUUUCUUCAGGAUUUGUCUCAGAAUCAUUGACUACAAAUGCAGCUACAACCCUUUCACUUGCCGAUACUUCAAUAACAACAGGUAGUUUGUCAACAUCACAGUCAACCUUUUCAGAAACUCUAUCUACAGGAACAACCGACACAACCACAAGUGCUUUCCUAAGCUCUUCAAUUACCUCAACUAUAGCCGAAUCUACAUCUCUGUUGUCAUCUGUAAAUCCUACUGAGACAUCCACUGUACCAGUUGAGAGCUCGACUCCAGGUGAGACAACAUUUUCUUCAAUUUCCACUGAAACAAUUCCAGAGUCCCUAACAACAAGUGCUGAUACUUUAACAUCUUCAAAUGCAGAUACUUCAGCUACCACUGGUAGUUUGUCAACAGCCUUCUCUACAGAGUCAUCUACUUUGUCUCCAUCAACAGACGCUAUCUCCACUUCUCAACCUCAAAGUUCUUCAGGAACCUCAGCUUCUGUAGAAUCCACAUCAUUUUCAUCAUUUGUAAGCCUUACUGAUACAUCCAUCACAACAGCAGAAAGUACCAUUCCACUGGUUACAACAUCAGCUGUUGUUUCUUCAGGAUCUGUCUCAGAAUCACUGACCACAAGUGCGGCUACAACAUUCUCACUUGCCGAUACUUCAGUAACAACAGGUAGUUUGUCAACAUCACCGUCAACCUUUUCAGAAACUCUAUCUACAGGAACAACAGACACAACCACAAGUGCUUUUCUAAGCUCUUCAAUUACCUCAACUAUAGCCGAAUCUACAUCUCUGUUGUCAUCUGUAAAUCCUACAGACACAUCCACUGUGUCAGUUGAGAGCUCGACUCCAGGUGUGACAACAGUGUCUUCAGUUUCCACUGGAACAGUUCCAGAGUCCCUAACAACAAGUGCUGAUACUUUAACAUCUUCAAAUGCAGAUACUUCAGCUACCACUGGUAGUUUGUCAACAGCCUUCUCUACAGAGUCAUCUACUGUAUCGUCAUCAACAGAGACUAUUUCCAGUUCUCAACCUCAAAGUUCUUCAGGAACCUCAGCUUCUGUAGAAUCCACAUCAUCUUCAUCAUCUAUCAGCCUUACUGAUACAUCCACCACAACAGCAGAAAGUACAACUCCACUGGUUACAACAUCAGCUGUUGUUUCUUCAGGAUCUGUCUCAGAAUCACUGACCACAAGUGCGGCUACAACAUUCUCACUUGCCGAUACUUCAAUAACAACAGAUAGUUUGUCAACAUCACAGUCAACCUUUUCAGAAACUCUAUCUACAGGAACAACAGACACAACCACAAGUGCUUUCCUAAGCUCUUCAAUUACCUCAACUAUAGCUGAAUCUACAUCAUUGUUGUCAUCUGUAAAUCCUACAGACACAUCCACUGUAGCAGUAGAGAGCUCGACUCCAGGUGUGACAGCAUUGUCUUCAGUUUCCACUGGGACAGUUCCAGAAUCCCUAACAAGUGCUAAUACUUUAACAUCUUCAAACGUUGAUACUUCAGCUACCAUGAGUAGUUUGUCAACAGCCUUCUCUACAGAGUCAUCUACUGUAUCUUCAUCAACAGAGGCUAUCUCCACUUCUCAACCUCAAAGUUCUUCAGGAACCACAGCUGCUAUAGAAUUCACAUCAUUUUCAUCAUCUGUCAGCCUUACUGAUACAUCCAUCACAACAGCAGAAAGUACCACUCCACUGGAGACAUCAUCUGUUGUUUCUUCAGGAUCGGUCUUAGAAUCAUUGACCACAAAUGCAGCUACAACACUUUCACUUGCCGAUACUUCAGUAACAACAGGUAGUUUGUCAACAUCACAGUUAACCUUUUCAGAAACUCUAUCAACAGGAACAACAGACACAACCACAAGUGCUUUCCUAAGCUCUUCAAUGACCUCAACUAUAGCUGAAUCGACAUCAUUGUUGUCAUCUGUAAAUCCUACAGACACAUCCAGUGUACCAGUGGAGAGCUCAACUUCAGGUGUGACGACAUUGUCUUCAGUUUCCACUGGAACAGUUCCAGAAUCCCUAACAAGUGCUAAUACUGUAACAUCUUCAAACGCUGAUACUUCAGCAACCACAGGUAGUUUGUCAACAGCCUUCUCUACAGAGUCACCUACUUUAUCUUCAUCAACAGAGGCUAUCUCCACUUCUCAACCUCAAAGUUCUUCAGGAACCUCAGCUUCUGUAGAAUCCACAUCAUUUUCAUCAUCUGUCAGCCUUACUGAUACAUCUAUCACAACAGCAGAAAGCACCACUCCACUGGUGACAUCAUCUGUUGUUUCUUCAGGAUCUGUCUCAGAAUCACUGACCACAAGUGCGGCUACAACAUUCUCACUUGCCGAUACUUCAAUAACAACAGGUAGUUUGUCAACAUCACUGUCAACCUUUUCAGAAACUCUGUCUACAGGAACAACAGGCACAACCACAAGUGCUUUCCUAAGCUCUUCAAUUACCUCAACUAUAGCCAAAUCUACAUCUCUGUUGUCAUCUGUAAAUCCUACAGACACAUCCACUGUAUCAGUUGAGAACUCGACUCCAGGUGUGACAACAGUGUCUUCAGUUUCCACUGGAACAGUUCCAGAGUCCCUAACAACAAGUGCUGAUACUUUAACAUCUUCAAAUGCAGAUACUUCAGCUACCACUGGUAGUUUGUCAACAGCCUUCUCUACAGAGUCAUCUACUGUAUCUUCAUCAACAGAGACUAUUUCCAGUUCUCAACCUCAAAGUUCUUCAGGAACCUCAGCUUCUGUAGAAUCCACAUCAUCUUCAUCAUCUGUUAGCCUUACUGAUACAUCCACCACAACAGCAGAAAGUACAACUCCACUGGUUACAACAUCAGCUGUUGUUUCUUCAGGAUCUGUCUCAGAAUCACUGACCAUAAGUGCGGCUACAACAUUCUCACUUGCCGAUACUUCAAUAACAACAGAUAGUUUGUCAACAUCACAGUCAACCUUUUCAGAAACUCUAUCUACAGGAACAACAGACACAACCACAAGUGCUUUCCUAAGCUCUUCAAUUACCUCAACUAUAGCUGAAUCUACAUCAUUGUUGUCAUCUGUAAAUCCUACAGACACAUCCACUGUAGCAGUAGAGAGCUCGACUCCAGGUGUGACAGCAUUGUCUUCAGUUUCCACUUGGACAGUUCCAGAAUCCCUAACAAGUGCUAAUACUUUAACAUCUUCAAACGUUGAUACUUCAGCUACCAUGAGUAGUUUGUCAACAGCCUUCUCUAUAGAGUCAUCUACUGUAUCUUCAUCAACAGAGGCUAUCUCCACUUCUCAACCUCAAAGUUCUUCAGGAACCACAGCUGCUAUAGAAUUCACAUCAUUUUCAUCAUCUGUCAGCCUUACUGAUACAUCCAUCACAACAGCAGAAAGUACCACUCCACUGGAGACAUCAUCUGUUGUUUCUUCAGGAUCGGUCUCAGAAUCAUUGACCACAAAUGCAGCUACAACACUUUCACUUGCCGAUACUUCAGUAACAACAGGUAGUUUGUCAACAUCACAGUUAACCUUUUCAGAAACUCUAUCAACAGGAACAACAGACACAACCACAAGUGCUUUCCUAAGCUCUUUAAUGACCUCAACUAUAGCUGAAUCGACAUCAUUGUUGUCAUCUGUAAAUCCUACAGACACAUCCAGUGUACCAGUGGAGAGCUCAACUUCAGGUGUGACGACAUUGGCUUCAGUUUCCACUGGAACAGUUCCAGAAUCCCUAACAAGUGCUAAUACUGUAACAUCUUCAAACGCUGAUACUUCAGCAACCACAGGUAGUUUGUCAACAGCCUUCUCUACAGAGUCACCUACUGUAUCUUCAUCAACAGAGGCUAUCUCCACUUCUCAACCUCAAAGUUCUUCAGGAACCUCAGCUUCUGUAGAAUCCACAUCAUUUUCAUCAUCUGUCAGCAUUACUGAUACAUCUAUCACAACAGCAGAAAGCACCACUCCACUGGUGACAUCAUCUGUUGUUUCUUUAGGAUCUGUCUCAGAAUCAUUUACCACAAGUGCCGCUACAACAUUCUCACUUGCCGAUACUUCAAUAACAACAGGUAGUUUGUCAACAUCACAGUCAACCUUUUCUGAAACUCUAUCUACAGGAACAACAGACACAGCCACAAGUGCUUUCCUAAGCUCUUCAAUGACCUCAACUAUAGCUGAAUCUACAUCAUUGUUGUCAUCUGUAAAUCCUACAGACACAUCCACUUUAUCAGUUGAGAGCUCGACUCCAGGUGUGACAACAGUGUCUCCAGUUUCCACUGGAACGGUUCCAGAGUCCCUAACAACAAGUGCUGAUACUUUAACAUCUUCAAAUGCAGAUACUUCAGCUACCACUGGUAGUUUGUCAACAGCCUUCUCUACAGAGUCAUCUACUGUAUCUCCAUCAACAGAGGCUAUCUCCACUUCUCAAACUCAAAGUUCCUCAGGAACCUCAGCUGCUGUAGAAUCCACAUCAUUUUCAUCAUCUGUCAGCCUUACUGAUACAUCCAUCACAGCAGCAGAAAGCACUACUCCACUGGUGACAUCAUCUGUUGUGCCUUCAGGAUCUGUCUCAGAAUCAUUGACCACAAGUGCGGCGACUACAUUCUCACUUGCCGAUACUUCAAUAACAACAGGUAGUUUGUCAACAUCACAGUCAACCUUUUCAGAAACUCUAUCUACAGGAACAACAGACACAACCACAAGUGCUUUACCAAGCUCUUCAAUGACCUCAACUAUAGCUGAAUCUACAUCAUUGUUGUCAUCUGCAAAUCCUACAGACACAUCCACUGUACCAGUGGAGAGCUCGACUCCAGGUGUGAUCACAUUGUCUUCAGUUUCCACUGGGACAGUUCCAGAAUCCUUAACAACAAGUGCUAAAACUUUAACAUCUUCAAAUGCAGAUACUUCAGCUACCACUGGUAGUUUGUCAACAGCCUUCUCUACAGAGUCAUCUACUGUAUCUUCAUCAACAGAGACUAUUUCCAGUUCUCAACCUCAAAGUUCUUCAGUAACCUCAGCCUUUGUACAAUCCACAUCAUUUUCAUCAUCUGUAACCCUUACUGAUACAUCCAUCACAACAGCAGAAAAUACCACUCCACUGGUGGCAACAUCUUCUGCUGUUUCUGCAGGAUCUGUUCCAGAAUCAUUUACCACAAACACUGCUACAACAUUGUCAAUUGCUGAGACUUCAAUAACAACAAGUAGUUUGUCAACGUCACAGUCAACCAUUUCAGAAACUCUAUCUACAGGAACAACAGACACGAGUGCUUUCCUAAGCUCUUCAAUGACCUCAAAUGUAGCUGAAUCUACAUCAUUGUUGUCAUCUGUAAUUCCUACAGACACAUCCAAUGUAACAGUGGAGAGCUCAACUUUAGGUGUGACAACAUUGUCUUUAAUUUCCAGUGGGACAGUUCCAGAAUCCUUAACAACAAGUGCUAAUACUUUUACACCUUCGAAUGCUAAUUCUUCAGCUAUCACUAGUAGUUUAUCAACAGCCUUCUCUACACAGUCAUCUACAUUACCUCUAUCAGCAGAGGUUAUCUCCACAUCUCAAACUCAAAGCUCUUCAGUAACCUCAUCAACUGUAAUAGUAGAAAGUACCACACCACUGAUAACAACAUCAUCUUCUACUAAAUCUGUCCCAGAAUCAUUGACCACAAGUGCAGCUACAACAUUCUCACUUGCUGAGACUUCAAUACCUACAGAGAUUGUGUCAACACCACUGUCAACCCGGUCAGAUACUCUCUCUACAGGUACAACCUUCACAAGUGUUCUUCUAAGCUCUUCAACUAAAGGUGAAUCUACAUCAUUAUUAUCAUCAGUAAAUCCUAGUACAGCUAGCUCAAACUCUGCUGACCAAUCGUCUUCAAGCACAGCUACCACAGCGUCCACAGAAACAGGGUCUACUGCAAGUAACAGUACAAUAAGACCUGCUGUUAAAACAACUGCAAACACAAUAACAACAUUUGCACAAACAGAGUCUACUGCAACCCGUACAACAAAUGGUUCUGAGAAAUCAACUUCAACCACAGCACCAGCAUCCACACCAACAGGGCCAACGACAACAAGUUCAAAUACCACUCCUGAACAAACAACAUUGACCACAACAACAGCAUCCUCCCAAACAGGUUCUAUCGUGACCAGCACAACAAUCACUUCUGAGCAAUCAGCCUCUACCCCAACAAUAUUAUCCGAGCAAUCAAGGCAAACCAUAACAACUAUAUAUGCACAAACAGGCUCAAUUGCAACUAGCACAUCUCCCAUUGGAUUGACCAGUACAGCUAAUCCAAACACAACAUCCAUACAGACAGAUUUUACCACAAGCAGCACUACAACAAGACCAGGGGUAGAAACAACCUCAAACACAACAGCAUUUGCACAAACAGAGUCUGCAAAAAUCAGUACAACAACCCCUUCUGUGCAGCCAAUGUCAACCAAAAUUACAGCAUCCAUAUUAACAGGGUCCAUGGCAACCAGUACAGCAACAGCAUCCACACAAACUGGGUCUACCACUAACAGUGCAACAGCCACUUCCAAACAAUCAACCUUGGCCACAACAGCAUCCAUACCAACAGAGUCCAUGGCAGCUAGUACAGAAACCCCCUCUGAGCAGUUAACAGGGACCACAACAGCAGCAUCCACACGUACAGGGACUACCUCAACAAGUACACCAACCACUACCAAUCAACCAACCUCGACCAUAACAUCAGCAUUCACACAAACUGGGUCUACCACUAACAGUGCAAUAACCACUUCCAAACAAUCAACCUUGAACACAGCAACAGCAUCCACAGCAACAGGGUCUAAGGCAACCAGUACAGCAAAUGCUUCUGAGCAGUUAACAUUGACUACAACAGCAACAUCCGCACAUACAGGGUCUACCACAAUCAGUACAACUGCCACUUCCAGUCAAUUAACUUUGACCACAACAGCAUCCACACAAACUGGGUCUACCACUAACAGUGCAACAACCACUUCAAAACAAUCAACCUUAUCCACAACACCAACAUCCACACCAACAGGGUCCACAGCAACCAGUACAGCAAACCCUUUUGAACAGUCAACGUUGACCACAACAGCUUUCCCACAAACUGGUUCUAACACCAACAGUACGAUAACGACUUCCAAACAAUCAACCUUGACCACAACAACAGCAUCCACACCAGUAGGGUCCAUGGCAGCUAGUACAGUAAACCCUUCUGAGCAGUUAACGUUGACCACAAUAGCAGCAUCCACACAUACAGGGUUUACUGCAACCAGUACACCAACCACUACCAAUCAAUUAACAUCAACCACAACGACAGCAUCAACACAAACUGGGUCUGCCACUAACAGUGCAACAACCACUUCCACACAAUCAACCUUGACAACAACAGCAGCCUCCACACCAAUAGGGUCUAUGGCAACCAGUACAGCAAACCUUUCUGAAUUGUCAACAUUGACCACAACAACAGCAUCCACACAUACAGGGUCUACUGCAACCAGUACACCAACCACUGCCAAUCAAUCAACAUCAACCACAACAACAGCAUCCACACAAACAGGCUCUAGCACAACCAGUUCAACUACCCCUUCUGAGCAAUCGGUGUCAACCUCAGCCAGUACAACAUCCACUUCUGGAGGGUCUUCAACAACAAGCUCAACACGUGCUACCACAAUAAAUACUAGCCCUGUAACUACUAAUACCUCUACUGCAACUACCACCACUACUACAACACCAACUACUGCUACUUUUACUACAACCACCAUCAAUACUACAACACCAACUACUGCUACUUCUACUACAACCGCCACCACUACAACACCAACUACUACUACUUCGACUACAACCACCACCACCACUACAACACCAACUACUACUACUUCUACUACAACAUCUUCAGCUUGCGCAAAAGCAUCGGUUUCUAUACAAUUCACAAGCGUCACCAGUGAUACGAUUGUAAUCAGACUAAUUAAAGAAGGGGCAUCGGCAGACGCUCAGUACACUGUAACCUUGUCCACUGAGGGCAUCACUAAGAAAGUAAAUAUUACGAAUGCAUCCAGUGUCACCUUCUCAGACCUUUCUCCAUCAGUACAGUAUUCCAUCUAUACCCAACAAAAUUCCUGUCCACAGAAAGCAAAAUUCAACACCACCAUCUGGACAACUGCAAGGGUUUAUGCUUCACAAAUAAAAGUGACUAAUCAGGUAUACAAGCCUGCUUACAACGAUUCAAGCAGUGAAGCAUUCAAAGACUUUGAGAAAAACUUUAUCAAUGAGGUGAGACUAGUCUGUCGCUACUUUUUUUUUUUGGGGGGGGGGAUGUUUAUGUGA